AUGGGUUGGAUCCCGUGUUCUGGGAAAUUGAGCGGGAGGACUAAGACAAGGAGGAACAGUGACGAAAAGCUGAGCAGGAAUUGCUCUGUGUCUACAGGUAUGCUCUUUAGAACGAUGCCAAGCUACAAACUUCGAUUCUGGGUUAGACCCUUCUCUAGCCAAAACUUUGAAAAUUCAUUGAUCUUGAAAAACACUUUUUUUUUUUUUUGGGUAGAGAAAGCUAAGGCCAAAUUGUCCGUGAGUGAAUCCAAAAGCAAAGGGUCAGAUAACAUUGUGGCACAAACGUUUACAUUCUCGGAGCUAGCUACUGCCACUAGAAACUUCAGAAAAGAAUGCCUUAUAGGGGAAGGAGGAUUUGGUAGAGUUUACAAAGGAUACUUACCAAGCACUAGCCAGACAGCGGCCAUCAAGCAGCUCGAUCACAAUGGUUUACAAGGAAACAGAGAGUUCCUCGUCGAGGUUCUGAUGUUGAGUCUUCUUCAUCAUCCGAAUCUUGUUAACCUAAUUGGAUAUUGUGCGGAUGGAGAUCAAAGGCUUUUGGUGUAUGAGUACAUGCCUCUAGGGUCACUGGAAGAUCAUCUGCACGACAUUUCACCUGGUAAGCAGCCACUUGACUGGAACACCAGAAUGAAAAUAGCAGCAGGUGCUGCAAAAGGGUUGGAGUAUCUGCAUGAUAAAACCAUGCCUUCGGUGAUCUAUCGGGAUUUGAAAUGCUCCAAUAUUUUGCUCGGCGAUGACUACCAUCCGAAGCUAUCUGACUUCGGUCUGGCUAAACUUGGCCCAGCAAGACCUUUGUUCAAAGACAGGAGGAAAUUUGCUCAAAUGGCUGAUCCAAUGCUUCAAGGACAAUACCCUCCGCGAGGAUUGUACCAAGCACUCGCUGUAGCGGCGAUGUGCGUGCAAGAGCAGCCAAACCUAAGACCCCUCAUCGCUGAUGUUGUCACUGCUCUCACUUACCUCGCCUCCCAAAAAUUUGAUCCUAUGGCUCAGCCGGUCCAAGGCUCCCUUUUCGCCCCCGCGACUCCACCCAGAUCAAAGAGGCUCUGA